CUUUAUUCUUCUUUCUGGUCCGCUUCCUUCUCUCUCUCUCGCAUCUUCCUCCUCGCCGUUCUCUUUGCUCCUCUGUACACAGACCCACCCCCCUCACACCCCCUGACCUUGGGCCUUUUCUUUCUAUAUCCAUCUCUUCCUUCGGUUUUCUCCCUGAGGUUUAAAAUUUCCAUCCGAAUUUCCCCUAUAAAAUUGAAGGGAAACGAAAUAACUUGUCGAAUUGAAAGGGAUUUCCCAGAGGAGAGUUUAGGAAAUGGCGACAUCGUCGACCACUAGCACCGUCUAUAUCCACGUCAUCGAAGACGUCAUCAACAAGGUACGCGAUGAGUUCAUCAACAACGGCGGGCCUGGUGAGGGUGUCCUCAGUGAACUCCAAGCAAUUUGGGAGAUGAAAAUGAUGCAAGCGGGUGUGAUAUGCGGUCCAAUAGACAGGUCAUCUGCUCCUAAGCUGGCUCCUGGCGCUCCUAUUACUCCAGUACACGACCUUAAUGUACCGUAUGAAGGGACUGAGGAGUAUGAGACUCCUACUGCUGAGAUGCUUUUCCCUCCUACACCGCUGCAAACUCCCAUUCAGACACCAUUACCAGGGAGCGUGCAAACACCUUUACCAGGAAGUGUGCAGACACCUUUACCUGGAAGUGUGGACAACUCCUCUAUGUAUAACAUUCCUACUGGGCCAACUAGUGAGUAUCCCACCCCUGCAAGUGAUACUGGAGGCAGUACUGAAGCAAAAGCUGGUAGGCCUAGCCCUUACAUGCAACCUCCUUCUCCUUGGAUGAAUCAGAGGCCCCCUCUUGACGUUAACGUUGCUUAUGUUGAAGGGAGGGAUGAGGCAGACAGAGGAGCCUCUCAUCAACCCCUGACACAGGAUUUCUUCAUGAUGUCUUCUGGAAAACGCAAGCGUGAUGAUUUUGGUGCACAAUAUAACAAUGGUGGAUUCAUACCCCAGCAGGAUGGAGCUGGGGAUGCUCCCUCUGUGGCUUUACAGGCAAGCCAAGGGUAUGGUUCCCUUGGUAGACACGACAUGAUCACCAAUGCUAACAUAGAGAUCUUAUCGCACGCAACGAGGCAGGCAAUGAGGAUCCCUCAACUGGAUGGGCCAAUCCCUGAUCCUUAUGAUGAUGUGCUUUCAACUCCAAAUAUAUAUAAUUAUCAAGGAGUUGUCAAUGAAGAUUACAACAUUGCGAACACACCAGCUCCUAAUGACCUACAAGCAAGCACUCCUGCUGUUGCCCCUCAAAAUGAUGCUGGAGAUGAUGACGAUGAUGAGCCACUGAAUGAAGAUGAUGAUGAUGAUGAUGAUCUGGAUGAUGUGGAGCAAGGAGAGGAUAUGAAUACUCAGCAUUUGGUUUUGGCUCAAUUUGACAAGGUUACUCGUACCAAGAGCAGGUGGAAAUGCACACUCAAGGAUGGAAUCAUGCACAUAAACAAUAAGGACAUUCUCUUUAAUAAGGCAACAGGAGAAUUCGACUUCUAAUUUUGCAAGAGAAAUGCCUGUCAUCAAGUAGUAGCACUUGUUUUCAAAGAGCAAAUUCUGUGGUGUCACUGGGUGUUCCAUAAUUUUCUUUAAUUGUUAUUAAGUGAGAUCGGGGAAGUUCAUGAGAUGCUUGGUUUUAAUGUCUUUCUAAAGACUUGGUUGGAUGGAUGACCUACUGUACAUAAAGGAAGAGCUUUUUCAGCCUAUUAAGGGAUGGCAACCCAAGGAGUCUCUUUGAACUUGAAGUUCACCAUUUCUCUAAUGAAAUUUGUAAUUUUAUUAAUGACGUAUACUCUGGAUAUAAAUUUAGGAAUUUCAUUUUCACCCCCUCUUUUUAUGCUUAUUUCCCUUCAGUUUGAGCUGUGAAAACAACUUUGUGCUUGAUUCUGGUACUGUCAGUUGACUAGCGGAUUUUUUGUGCA